GUCGCUUAAGGAACGGCCUGCAGUUAGUCUGUGGGACGUGCGAACAUGCGUGUGGGAAUUGUUUUGAAUUUAGCAGUGCCGGUGUUGGCGACUUUGUUGGUAGGCGAUUGCACAGCUAAAAUUGCGCCCGACUUCAUUAGACCCUGCAACACAACAGAACCAGCUUGUCUUAUCAAAGCAACUCGUGAUGCCAUCCCGGAAUUCUCCAAGGGUCUGCCUGAAUUAGGAGUACCUGCUUUGGAUCCUUUUGUUAUUGAUCAACUUCCUAUACAACUGCCAGGCAUCAAAGUGACUUUCCAUGAAGGAAAAGCGACAGGAUUGCGAAAAUGUGAAGUCAGAAACGUGGAAGCAUUCUUAGAGAAAAACAUAUUCAACUUGGAAGUGAAAUGUAACAUCACAAUUAAAGGAAAAUACACUGCAGUCGGAAGGCUAUUACUUUUUCCCAUUAAUGGCGAAGGAGACUCCAAAAUAAAGAUAAUCAACUCCAUAAUAGCGUUGAAUAUAAAGACGAAGUAUUACAAGGACUCCGAGGGCCGCGACCACUUCGGCAUCAAGAGCUACAAGUACACGUUCGACUACGGCGAGCGUAUCAUUUACACCAUCAACAAUCUCUUCAAGGGCAACCCUGAGUUGAGUAAUACAGUGUUGCAGUUUCUAAACGAAAAUUGGCGUAUCGUCACUGAGGAAUUCGGUCAACCAGUGGUCGACUACGCGUUAAACGUCACAAUAAGCACAGCCAAGAAGUUCUUCGACGCAGUACCUAUUGAUGAGUUGUUAUAUGUACCUAUACCGAAGUAUUAAACAAAUAAGGAAUAUCUCAUACUAGACCAUGUCUGGUGUGGGUCUAGCAUCAGGCGGACUUUCAAUACAUUUUAGAUGAUUUAUUAUAGACGGCGAGCUCGUGAUGAAAUGUGCAAGCGCUGUCUAAAACUUAUAUUUUAGAAUGUCGAAGCACUAAGAGUAUAUCAUCAUUCAGUACCUAGUGAGGAGGUCAGGCGAAUAUGUUAGUAAUUGUUGAAUAUGUUUGUUGCAUUAAAUGAUAGUCUGAGUGUUUUUUAUGAACUAAGUACUAAUAGUUUAGUAAUAAAUUAUCUUUCAAUCAAUAGGAAGCUCUUUUUCAGAGCUCAUUUUCAUACCAACUUCUAAAAUCUACUGAGUCGACGUGUUUCACGAUUGUGCUUCUGUCAAUAUGAGUAGUUUUAUUUAGUCUACUUUAUAAUAAAUACUUAUGUCUAAUUACCAAAAAACCUUAUUUUAUAUUAAGAAUAAGGUUUUCGGUAAUUAAUUUUAAACUAUUAAAAAAACACCUUUAAUAUGUUGUUACGUACUUUACCUCGCAGUUACCAGAUAUACUCGCUUCUGACCUCCGCACUGGGUACUAAGUUAUUUAUACCCUUAGUUCUACAUAAUAUAUCUGAAAUAUCAAGCUUUUGAAAACUCUUGCAUAUUUUUUUCACGAUCUCUUAGACUAUUAGUUGCUCAUGUCACGAACGACGCUCGGCUUAGAACCGACGCGGUCUAACGUGAGACAUCCUUAAUGAUACCGCUAUAUUUUAAUACUCAAGAAUUGUAAUCGGCAUUUUGGCCUAAACGAUUUUGAGUGUAUUUGACUUUGAGAUAAAGUAAUUUUCAUAUCAAACAAUGCCUAGUAUUUUAGGUCAUUUAUAAUUAUGAAGAUGAAAUAUGCAAUAAUAAUAACUGCCAAAUAUAAAAACUACAUAAAUUUUUAUGACAGUCAUCAAUUGUCUUCAGUGUUGAACUGUCAUUUUAAUAUUUUUAUACAAAGUGUGUUAAAAUUAAUAACAUGAAAUUUUAGUCUACAGAAUUCGGUGAUAAAUAUUAUUUGCAUAUCGAAUUUAAAGAGAUACUCGGCUACAUUUAUUCAUUUGUCUUAGUAGUACUUUAUCUCUGUCAUACCAACUAUUAAAACGAGAUAUAAAAAAAAUGUGUUAUUUGAAAUAUGAUAUUUAAGUUAAGAGAUCUUCAAUUUUUUGUUUUGCCUUUCUCGAACGGCAAUGACGCUGACAUUCUUAGCUAACAUUAGUGGAUCAGCCUGAUUCUGAAUUGAGAAAAGUAGAAAAUCUCAACUGAUUAUUCUCAAUGACUGAAGUUUUUUACAUAUCACUAGUUAAUGAGUUCUAGUUUUUUUCAAAAUACAAUUAAAUUAUCAUUAAAAAUACUAAAAUCAGAAACGAAAACCCGUUUAAGCGACAGUUUGAAUACUUAACUUUAAAUAUUCAAUUCAGAAACCGGGUGUAUAUCUUUCCAAAAGUUAUAUUUUAUUGUACAGGUAUAUAUUUAUUGCCGUUUAUUUAAGAUUUUAAAUGAAUAUUUGGAAUUCAUUAGUAUUUGGAGAUUUCUAAAUUACUAAUUUGUAUAUAGAAAUUUUGUUUAUAAGAUUAUUUCAUACAUGAUGCUCUUAACAUAUUAAGGGAGGUUGUUUUUAUUUAAAAUUUACAAUAAAUCCAAUAACUUAUUUCUUCGGAAUAUGAAUUAUUAAAAUUGGUUUUGGUAGUUUCGUUAAGAUUGAAUUGGUUGCCAAAGUAUCAUUGUAUUUUCUAACCAAAAAUUUAUUAUUUUAUCAAUAAUAUUAGCUGAAUUUUAAAAGCAUCAUGAAAUUUAUAUAUUUAUAAUGUUUUAGUUUAAGUUAUUAAAAUAUUCUGUCAGAAAAUAGUAGAUUGUGAUUUUUAAACAAAAAUGGGACUCAAUAUUUUUUGUAAAAAUAUUUAUUUAAUACUUGAAAGUACGUAAUUACAUAAUUUUGGUACCAGUUAAAAAGAAUUUACUUAUUAUGAAUAGGGAAAUGACAUUUGAAAUGUUUUGAGUGAGUUGAAUUGUCUCUGCGGAAUAUUAAGAACAGUAUUUUUAUAUUGUUAAUAAUAAUUUUUUGAUGAACCAUUAUAUAAUAUAUAUAGUUAUCAUUGCAACUACAAACUAAUGUUAAUAAAAUUAUAAUCCAAAAUAUAUUGUUUUAAUCUGUGGUUUUAAUCCUUCAAACGAGGUUUGACGACAUUGCAUGG